AUGAAGACGGAGGGCGGGGUGCAGGCGGCUCCGUUCAGCGGGAGGAAGCAGAGUCUGAUCGAGGAUGCUCGCCGGGAGCGCAGCAGCGGCUCCUCGGGCUCCCCGGGGCCCUCCAGGUCCGGGGACGGCUCCGUGUUCGAGGAGAAGGACGGCAGGGUGACGGUGAACGUCCUGUUCGCGCUCAGCAGCGACAAAAAUGCAGGAUUCUUCAAAACUGGAAAAAUAUUCGAGACGUUUGAAGCAAAACUUCUCCACAUCGAGAGUCGACCUGGGAGGAAGUCAAAGAACAGCACGACGGACCUGGAGUUUUUCAUCAAAUGUGAAGUUCACAGCUCCGACCUGGACGUUUUCAUCAACUCCCUGAAGAAAGUGGCUGACGACGUUCGCUUCAUACCAGAGGAAAAAGUUCCCUGGUUUCCUCGAGUGAUAAAAGACCUGGACAGAUGCAACAUGUUAAUCACCAAAUUUGAUCCGGACAUGGAUCAGGAUCAUCCGGGAUUCAGUGAUCCAGAAUACAGGAAGAGGCGAGCCGUUAUCUCCGAGCUCGCUUUCAGAUACAAACAGGGAGACCCGCUGCCCCCUGUGGAGUACACAGCAGAGGAGGUCUCCACAUGGAGGGAGGUUUACCAGCAGCUGAGGAGCAUCUACCCGAGUCUGGCCUGUCGUCAGUUCCUGGACGGUCUGCAGCAGCUGGAGAAAGAGUGCGGCUACGGAGGGGAUCGCAUCCCUCAGCUCAGAGAGGUGUCCGCCUUCCUGAAAGAGAAGUCAGGUUUCCAGCUGCGUCCGGUCGCCGGCCUGUUGUCCGCCAGAGACUUCCUCGCCAGUUUGGCCUUCAGGGUGUUUCAGUGCACUCAGUACAUCCGACACUCCUCGGCACCCAUGCACUCCCCCGAGCCAGACUGCUGCCAUGAGCUACUCGGUCAUAUUCCCAUGCUGUUGGAUAAAGAGUUUGCUCAGUUUUCUCAGGAGAUUGGACUCGCCUCGCUUGGAGCUUCAGAUGAGGACAUAGAGAAACUGUCAACGUUGUACUGGUUCACUGUGGAAUUUGGCCUGUGCAAACAGAAUGGAACAGUGAAGGCUUACGGCGCUGGACUGCUGUCUUCCUACGGAGAGCUCGUUUACGCUCUGUCUAAUGAGCCAGAGUACAAGCCGUUCAACCCGGAGGAGACGGCGCUGCAGCCGUACCAGGACCAAACCUACCAGCCGGUUUACUUUGUGUCUGAGAACUUCGAGGAUGCAAAGAUAAAGUUGAGGAGAUACUCUACAACCAUCAAGCGCCCCUUCGCAGUUCGCUACGACCCGUUUACCUGCAGCGUGGAGGUUCUGGAUCAGCCCGGCAAGAUCCAAAAGGCUCUGAGCCAGAUGAGAGAAGACCUGAAGACCCUGCACGGCGCCCUGGACAAGCUCGGCUCAUCUUAGGACCAGGAAGAGACUUUCUGCAGGGACGAGACACACGGACACUCGCAAGCAAAUGGAUGGAUGUUUGGUUUUAACGUUAUAUAUGGGAUCACAUAUUAAAAUCACACUGUAGUCAGGUUUGUGAGGUUCCAACGGGGCCAUUUAUUUGUGUGUAUAAUGACUUGU